AUGGAACUUGCUUCUGUCAUCCUUCUACAAGCCAUUGUUUUAAUAUAUUGUGAAGGAAACACAUUUCAACAUAUACAUAUAUCAGGAGAGAGAUAUAUUGGGCCAAUUAUUCGAUUCUUUGGUACUAUGGGACAGAGGCAAUGCAUUAAUGAAUGUUUAACCAGGCCUACUGUGUGUAAAGGUGUCAACUACAAGAAAAUACACCUACUUUGUGAAAUUGUUUCGUCUAUUGAUAAAACCGAAUAUUCCGGGGAUUAUAUUAGAGUCCCACUUAAUCAACAUACAGUUAAUAGAACAGAAUGCCUAUCCUGCUCGCAUGGUGAAAAAUGCAUCACGCUAUUAAGUAAUAAGACAUACUGUAUCAAAGAAAAUUAUGAUCCACAAGACUGCAUUACAAUACUUGGGUUAUCACCAUAUUUACCUAGUGGAUUAUAUAGAAUAAGAAUCCCAGCCCUGGGUCACGUGACUGUAUUUUGUGAAAUGGAGGCUGAUGGUGGAGGGUGGACAGUAUUUCAGCGUCGAAUGGAUGGGUCUGAAGAUUUCAAUCGCACCUGGAAUGAAUACCGAAAUGGCUUUGGAAAGCAGACAGGAGAGUUUUGGCUAGGCAACGAGAAGCUGUCUCGUCUACUGAGUCAAGGUUCUUACGAAAUGAGAAUGGACAUGGGCGACUUCGACAACCAAACACGUUAUAUCAAAUACUCCAGUAUGACUCUUGGUGACGAAGCCUCAAAAUACGCCAUUUCACUAUCUGGAUAUUCUGGGGACGUAGCUGAUUGCUUUACAAUCGGAACGUCUGCUACCAGAAUCAACAACACGAAGUUCACCACAAUGGAUCAGGACAACGAUUUACGAUCCGGUGGAAACUGUGCAAUCCUGUUCAAAUCCGGUUGGUGGCAUAAUUCCUGUCAUUGUUCUAAUCCAAACGGAUUAUACCUAGCAGGAAAUACAACCAUUUAUGCUCAGGGCAUCGUGUACCGGCCUUGGCGUACAUACUUUUACUCACUUAAAUUCAUGCAGUUGAUGGUCAGACGGGUUGGGUAAAAAAACGUUAACACAAAUACCACAAAGCUUAAUUAUAAAACAUACCGGUGGCACUAUAAUGAAAAACUCUGAGUGAAAUUGUCUACUUAUAAAUGGUCAGUUUUUUUUAUUGGAUUUCCUGGGAAAGGAUGCAAAUUUAAUUUUUAUGGGCAGGAUCAGUUUCAAAAUGUAUACAUACAAGUAAGUUACUUCU